AUGACCACAGCAGUCCUCGCAGGCAGCACCGGCCAAGUCGGCUCCUCAAUCCUCACCCUCCUUCUCGCGCACCCAAACUUCACCUCCAUCCACGCCUACACCCGCAAACCACUCUCCAACCCCGACCCCUCCUCCAAACUCACACCGAUAACCUCCACCGACCCAUCCUCAUGGCCCUCGCUCUUCCCACGCACGCCCACCCCGAAGAUAAUGUUCUCGGGCCUAGCAACCACGCGCGACGCCGCCGGCGGCUUCGACAACCAGCGCAAGAUCGACUACGACUUGAACCUGGACUUGGCCAAAGCAGCCAAAGACGCCGGCGUCGAGACUUACGUCCUGAUCUCCGCGGCGGGCGCGAGUGCCAAGUCGCCGUUCGCGUAUGUCAAGAUGAAAGGCGAACUGGAAGACAGCAUCAAAGCGCUGGGCUUCAAGCACACGGUGUUUGUGAAGCCGGGUUUCAUCGCGGGCGAGCGGAGUAAUCGGAAAGUCGGCGUGGCGGAGAUGGGGCUGAGGUGGUUGGCGCAGGGCAUGGGGGGCUGUGGCGCCGGGGUUGAAGAAUGUGUGGGCGCAGGAUGGGGAGACGAUUGCUAG